CGGGCCCUCUUUGCGCACGUCAGCACCGCGGAGCAGACACGAGGCCGAUGAGCGUUCUGGACCUUGCCGAGGGUUGGGGCGGUGGGGGCUGUAGGAAAGCGGCAUCGCUCCAGGCCUCAGCCUUGGUAACGCUACGGAAAUUACGGAAAAAUAGAAAGCAUAAAGCUGGAGAAUCUGUGCAAGUUUCGCCUCCCCUCGUUUUUCUCCCCGUUAAGAAAUGACCGACGCUUCCUCUCUCGCACUGGCCCGGCCGGAAGCGGCGCUCCGUGCUGCGCGGCGGAGCCAUUUGGUGAUGGACCCCGCGCCCGGCGUCACCCCUGCGCCGGCGGGAAACAUGUCCGCGGGCCGCCCGUUCCUGGCCUGCGCCUGCUUCUUCUCGGAUAACAUCUUCGUGGGACGCUACGGGCUGCACGUCCGAUACCAGGACGAGGGGCAGCUCCGCCGCGAUCACGGACAGGUGCUGCGGGAGAGGGGCUGCCGGAGCGAGGAGGACUUCAGCGCCGUGCUGCGGGAGAUUGAGGCAGAAGUGCAGCGAAGAAAACAGUUAAUUCAUCAGUCAGUGGAACGCAAAGCCAUCAUCGCAAAGUGCUAUAGGCAGAAGCACCCAGAAGUGUACAUUCUGCAGGAUUCAUUCCUGGCCCCAGAGUUUCUGGAAAUUGUGAGGUACUGCACAUCACCAGAUGCUCAUCUCCAUGGCCUCCUGCGCUACAUCAAGUCCUUCUCAGAUAAGAGGAUCUAUCGACUCCCAGUGUUCACACAGGAAUUCUGCCAAGCCUUUGUGGAUGAGCUGGAGAACUUUGAGCAGUCUGAUAUGCCCAAAGGCAGGCCUAACACCAUGAAUAACUAUGGGGUUUUGUUAAAUGAGCUUGGGAUGGAUGAAGCUUUCAUCACACCCCUCCGUGAGCAAUACCUGCAGCCCAUAACAGCUCUGCUUUACCCUGACUUGGGAGGUGCUUGUCUGGACAGCCACAAAGCGUUUGUGGUCAAGUACUCACUACAUGAAGAUCUGGAUUUGAGCUCUCACUAUGACAAUGCAGAAGUCACCUUAAAUGUUUCACUGGGAAAAGACUUCACAGAAGGCAACUUGUACUUUGGGGAUUUCAGUCAGGAUCCUACUCCUGUGCCAAAGUACGUGGAGAUUGAACAUGUGGGAGCCCAGGGGCUGUUACACCGAGGAGGGCAGAUCCAUGGGGCACUUCCUAUUGCCUCUGGAGAACGCUGGAACCUCAUUAUUUGGAUGAGAUCCUCACCCAUCCGCAGCCAGCUCUGCCCCAUGUGUAACAGGAAACCUGAGCUGGUGCAAGCAGAGGGCUUUGGAGAUGGGUUCACAGAAAGCCUAGAAGAUGAUGCCCCUGAGACUGUGAAUCUCUGUACCUUAUGGUAGCAGACCACUGAGAGCCUGAUUUCUCCAGAACAAGUUGCUUAAAGCUCCUUUCUGACCUCUCAGACUUCACUAACAGACUUGGAUGGAUGCACAGAUCAUGUAAUUAGUAGUGAUCUCCUUGGAAAGUGAUACAAAACCAGUCCUGCUGGGGUUAGGGAAAGCAAGCUUGGGCAGUGAAAGAGCUGGUACACAGCUUGCCAGGGCUCACACUUGGGCUGGGGGACUGCUUGGAAGACAUAGGAAGCCUUAACACUUGCUCACUGCGAAGGCCUUGUAAAUAUUUUCAGGUGUAAGGGGAAAACCCAAAGCUGCUUGACCUUUGUGAAGACCUAUUUGCCAGCAGCAGCAACACAAGUCUUGCUGUACAUGUGAAAGAACAGUACAAUAAAGCCCUGUUCUACUGUUUGCAGGGACUCCUAUCUUCUUCCAGGGGAAGGGCAAAACCUUUUUGUUGCUGAGUGACAGUGAAGGGUCUGCCCAAAGCGAGAUGCAGGUGAUUCACAACAGGCUGACGGGAAUGGCAUGGAAUUACUGUCACCAGAGGUUUACUUAAGCCAGGCUCAGAAAAAUCCACCAGGGAGAGCUGAUCCCACAGGGUGGCUGAGAUCUCUUCACAGCUCCACAAGCUCUUCUGAGCCAAAAUUUUCCUUACAAAGGUAUCAAGAAUGUUUUAACCAAGCAGAAACACGCUUUAGAGACAAAGCUCUGGGAGUCACCUGCAGCAUAAUAGACCUUUCAUACAAGAGCAUACAUUUAAAUUUCUUCCUUGGGUUAGGUCAACAAGUGAAAAUACUAAAUAACCAUCUAACCCUGCAGCAACCAGGCCUGGGGCUUCCUGGUUUGGCACCAAGAUGGCCUGGCAGCUGAGGCAUUCAGAGGGUCAGGUGCUUACCCCAUCUUAUUGCUGACCAGCUGAAAUGAUGGACUCUCCCAUCUACAAAACUAGUUAAAGAAGCCAAGU